UAAAAUUUGGACGUGAGAUAAGCCCUCGAAAAAUCUCAUUGAACAUGAAAAGUUCCGUUUAGCUGAAACCACCUCCUCGUCCUUGGUUUUUUGUGUUUGCUUGUUUGCUUGAUUGUUUGGCUCUCCAAUACCGGGCCCCAUCUGCAAGGUAAAAGCCGUUUGUAUCGAUUAUCCGGAAUUGCCCGCCUCUACGUAUACAGCAAAAUUAAGAGAAAACAAUACGUACAGAGAGGUGGCGGUGACCGACAGAGUAGGGGUUCUGCGGAGUGUGCCAUCGACCUACGAGUCCAAGUUCGUAGGAUUGAAUCCCGACGAGAAGGUCUGUGUGGGGCUACAGUUCAUGGCAAAUCCCUCCGAUAGCCGCCUCACCACUACUAUUCACUCAUAAGACGCCAGGAAAUCAAUCUUCGAGUGUCUUAAAUGACCAGACUCUCACCGUACAUCCACUCAAUCCCGACGCUGCAAGUUUGUAGAGAUGGCGAAAGGAAGGAAGCCCGCCAAGCGCGUUGCAGUCAUUGGCCUCGGCCCAGCUGGUGCCAUCACAAUCGAUGCCCUUGCCAAAGAGCAGGCAUUCGACAUCGUCCGGAUUUUUGAGCGUCGUGAGGCUCCUGGAGGAUGCUGGCUAGGUGAAAAGAAACCACCGCCACUCAUUCAACCAGAUGAGCUCAAUCUUCUCUCCGCCAGAAAGGCAGACCCUCAGCUGCCAGCGAUUCCCCCCAAUCUCCCCGCUCAACUACCCAAGUCUCCCUCGCCGCGGUACUCCGAAUCCACAGUCUACCCAUACCUCGAGACGAAUGUAGACUUCGUCCCUAUGCAGUACACUCAGGAACCGUUCCCAGCUCAGCAAUCCGAACACUCAAGAUCAAUUCACGGAGAAGAUACGCCUUUCCGACACUGGUCCUUAGUCCAGGACUACGUCCGCUCUCUAGUCGACCGAAGGGGAUAUGGCGAUUUCAUCAGCUACAAUACUACCGUCGAACGAGCAGAAAAGGUGCAUGCAGAAAACGGUUCCGGUGAGGAGUGGAAGCUGACACUACGCAAAGACGGUGAGAACACUGAUUACUGGUGGGAGGAGAGAUUUGAUGCCGUGAUUGUGGCAUCCGGGCAUUACAGUGUGCCCUAUAUCCCAUCCAUUGACGGUCUAUCCGAGUUUGCCAGAGAUCGUCUGGGAAGCGUAAUUCACAGCAAGCACUUUCGAGGUCGGGACGCGUUCAAGGGCAAGAAGGUUGUGGUAGUCGGCGCCUCCGUCUCAGCAGGAGAUAUCGCCUUUGAUUUGGCCCAGGUGGCUCAGGCACCUGUGUAUGCCGUGGUCAAGGGACAUACGUUCAACGGCUACUUUGGUGAUGAGGCUUUCAACCACCCCCUGAUCAAGCAAGUCGCCUCCAUAUCCCACAUCGAACCGACCACUCGGACUGUUCACUUCGCAGACGGAUCGUCUGCUUCUGGUGUAGACGACAUCAUAUUCGGCACGGGUUACAGCUGGACAUUGCCUUUUUUCACGCGACAGUCGUCCGGCUCUUUGACCACAGCCAAACGCACUCCAGUUCCCACCCCUCGCAACAACCGCAUCCCGAAUCUAUACCUCCACACAAUCUACACCCCGGACCCUACAAUACUCUUCGUCGGUGCCGUCAACGCAGGUCUCACAUUUAAGAUCUUCGAAUACCAAGCCGUUCUCGCCGCCCGACUGCUCGCAGGCCGUGUCCCAUCCUCUCGCCUCCCAUCACCGGAAGCCCAGCUCGCUUGGGAAGCAGACCGUAUCGCUAAGCGCGGUGACGGGCCGAAGUUUGCGCUCGUAUUUCCAGACUUCGAAGAAUACCUUGAGGAGUUGAGAAGAAUCGCUGGUCCACCCACGGCAGACAACAAAGGGCGAGAGCUGCUGCCUUUCAACAAGUUCUGGUUUGAAAGGUUUAUGCAAGGUCACCAGCGUCGAAAGGAUAUGUGGAGGAGAUUGAACGCACAAGCGAGGGAGACACUAGGAGUACUAGAUUCUGAGAGGAGUUUUCGCCCAAAGUUGUGACGUUCUUGCAACUAUGCAGAUGUUUGAGUCAAAGAAGGAUUGCAAAUCAUCACAAGUCAAGGUAGAUAUUGAUCAUCAAGAAGUAUUUGAAGUGUUCUAUUGUAAACUACUCUACAAGUGAAGAACACAUUCUGGCUCAGCCGCCGCUCCACAAGGUUGAGUUCGUGGAGAAUCCCAAGCG